UAAAAUCGGUGUAAAAGUUUAACAAUAGGAAAAAUGGUAUUAAGUUUUUUCUUACUUCUAUUUUUGUCCAUGGAGUUGACUGCAGCUCACAGGAUUCUCUUCUUAUCGCCCAUCUCAACACGCAGUCACACCAAUUUCGUCAAACCAGUGAUCAAGGGAUUGGUGGAGCGAGGUCAUUUCGUCACCUACUGGAACGGACUGUUACCGACAAAUCAAGGGAAGAAUGCACUUAAUCAAACAGCCAAUUUACGUCUGCUUUACUCACCAGAAUUAGAUGAGCUGAACAGCGAUCACAACGUUGAUUUCGGUGCUGGAACUAACAAUUUUUAUCUGUUAUUUGAAUUGCCAAAAAGAGUAGUGCUCUACUGUAAAACCAUCUACCGAGAUCCCGUCUUCCAUCAGCUCAUGGAGUCACACGAAAAAUACGAUUUGAUCAUCGUAGAAGCAGCUGUGAACGAAUGCAUUCUUCCGCUGGUCCAUAAAUUUGAUGCACCCUUUAUCUACACCAUGGGUUCCAUGCCCAUGCCUUGGCACCUGGAUGCCGUCAGUUCACCACUUGCCUUCGACCAUUAUUCCCACAUAGGUUCGGCUUUCAAGGAUGAGAUGAAUUUUUGGCAGCGAACCUACAACGCACUGUCCGGCAUUAGUGCCAUAUAUUAUUGGCGUUGGAUCGUAAUGCCCGUGGCAGAUCGCCUCGCAGCCGAAACUUUGCACAUCGAAAACCUGCCAACAAUUGAAAUGAUUGAAAACAAAUAUUUAAGCCUAUUGAUACUUAACACUAACCUAGGCAUUAAUUACCAAAUGGCAACUACGCCAGCAGUGAUCCAAGCUGGCGGCAUGAACCUCGGUCCGUCUAAACCGCUCCCGCACGAUUUAGAAAAAUUCGUGAAUGACUCCGGUGACGCCGGAUGCAUUAUCGUCAGUUUCGGUUCACUUUUAAGAACCUCCGAUCUUCCCGAUGAUGUGCGUCGCCUUUUCAUGUCGACAUUUGCCCGGUUACCGCAACGCAUCCUGUGGAAAUGGGAAAAUGAAAAUAAAAUCGGAAACAAAGAAUCAAUUCCAGCUAAUGUCAAAUUGAUGCCGUGGUUACCACAAGCCGAUUUGCUUGGCCAUCCGAAAAUGCGUCUCUUCAUCACGCACGGCGGAAUCAACAGCAUCCAAGAGGCCGUGUACCAUAAAGUUCCAUUGAUAAUUUUGCCCGUUUUUAUAGACCAGCCUCUUAACGCUAAAAAGGCAGAAGACGACGGCUUUGCCAUUCAUCUCGAUUGGAACAAUUUGACGGAAGAAAUUCUAUUUAAUGCCAUAGAGCAGAUCCUCAUUAAUGCCAGCUAUGCGGAAAAGAUCAAAAAAGUAUCGGAGCUGGUGCGCGAUCAAAUGGAAACGCCAUUAGAUCGCGUCAUUUACUGGAUUGAAUACGUUAUUCGUCAUGACGGCGCUCCACAUUUGAGGACGGCUUCCCGUAAACUUUCUCUACAUCAGCGUUUUCUGUUCGACGUGAUGCUCUUCGUUGUCUUGAUCGCUAUCUUGAUGUCUUACGUAUUCGUCCGUGUUUUGCGCUAUUUCUGCUGCGCAGAUAGAAUUCAGAAAUGCGAUCUAAAGAAGAAGAAUUAAUUAUAAAUAGAAAAAAGUCAAAACAUGUUUCGUGCAUACCGACACUACUAGUAGAGCGAUGAACUGGCGCGGUUCAUAGCGUCCACCGCGUUAUUAAAAUUAAACCUGAAUGCAAUAUAAUAAAUAAAAUAAAGCAGA